AUGUCCUCCCCUCAACCUAAGCUCAACACCUCCGACGACCUCCUCCUCUGCAACGAAUGCGGAACCCAGUACCCCGUCACCUCCUCCUCCAAUAAAACCUCAUGCAAAAUCUGCGACGAUCCCCGUCAAUACGUCCCCGCCACGGGACAAGUCUUCACAACUCUGGGCGAAUUGAAAGAGAAAGGGUAUAAAAACGUCUGGGAGCAGGAUGAGGAGGAUGAGAGGAUUUGGUUCGUGAGGACCGAGCCGAAGUUCGCCAUCGGCCAACGCGCCAUCCUCCUCCAAACGCCCCACGGCAAUAUCCUCUGGGACCUCAUCGCGCUGCUGGACGAGGAGACGGUCGCCAAAAUCCAUUCGCUCGGCGGCUUGCACGCCAUCGUGAUAUCCCAUCCGCAUUACUACACCACGUGGUCCGAGUGGUCGCGGACAUUCCAGUGUCCCGUGUACGUCGGGGAGCCUGAUCAAAUCUGGCUGGAGAGGGUUGGAAGUCCUGGGGCGGAGGUGAGGUUUAUCACGAAGAAGUAUGAUGAGGGUGUUUUGGAGGGGGUGACGGUCUUGUUGGCUGGGGGGCAUUUUGAUGGGAGUUUGUUGUUGCAUUGGGAUGAGAAGUUGUUUAUUGCGGAUACGAUCUUUACGAGUCCGAGUGCGACGAAUCCGGUACCUGGGAAGCCCGGCGUAAUCAGCUUCACCUUCUUCUACUCCAUCCCCAACCGCAUCCCCCUCCACCCGGACGCCAUCCUCUCCAUCUGGCGACAAGUCAAACCCCUCACCUUCCACGCCUGCUACGGCGCCUUCGCCGGCCAAGAUGUGCGGACGCGGCCUAACGAGCAAGCGAGAGGCACGGGAGGGGUCAAGGGAAGGUUGCUGGAGAGUUGUAAGAUGUAUGUUGGGGCGAUGGGGUGGAAGGGGCAUCCGUUGUUGGAGGAGGGGUUGUAA